UUUUCAAUGCUUUGCUAAACUGUCAAAAGAUGGCAAAUAUCGGUUGAAAAGUUUGUGAUUCUCUCGACCUUUUCGACAGAUUUGUACACUUCUUCAUGUCUUAUUCUGGUGUUGUUAAAAUGUGUGUUGGUAGGAACUUGGAAUCAUUGAUUUUAUAUUCCUUAAUCAUCUCUUUUUCCUUGUUAUUCAAAAAUACUAUUUGUUUUUUUCCAAGACUUGAUUUUUGCUCCCUUGAUUCUUCAUCUCUGAAUCUGGGGUUUCCUCAAUCCUUCCUCACGUGAAGACAGUUUUGUUCUUUAUGUGUAUUUCUAUCUCAUAAUUGUAGCGUCCCAAAAAAAUGACGGCUUGACCUAGACCUAGAGAGAGAGAGAGACUGUAAAAGUUUGGUAUAGAAAAGUGGGCCUGAGCAGUGAAAAGAGGAGCUAUCAGAAUAUGGGGUGUUUGGCCAUUGGAAGUCUGUAGAGAUGAGUGAUGGCAAUUUGGGUGCUGUUUUUAUCCAUUUUAGACUUCUGGGGUUGUCUUAUUUGUGGUCUCUUUAAUUACUACUCUCACCAAUUAAAAAGUCUUCUGUUUCAUAAUUGCAAAUGCUUUCAUUUCUAUGAUUUUUAGAUAUUUCUCAUGCUCUCUCCUAACUAAGUAGUAUUACCUUUUCUCCAUUUCACAGUUGUUGAUGAAAAUAGAUUAGUUUAGUUUAGAUCCCAGCUCCAAGAUUCAGUUUGUUGCUUGAUUCCCUUGUUGAAGUUUGAGUGGGGUGGGUUCUUUUCUUGAAACAAGAUUUGAAAAAAGGAUUCUUUUUCAAGAACAAGAAUUGAAUUCUAAGUUCUAACUAUAUUUCACAGUUGUUGAUGAAAAUAGAUUAGUUUAGUUUAGAUCCCAUCUUCAAGAUUUAGCUUGUUUCUUGAUUCCCUUGAUGGAUUUUGAGUUGGGUGGAGUCUUUUCUUGAAACAAGAUUUAAUAGGAUUCUUUUUCAAGAACAAGUAUUGAAUUCUGAUUUCUAACUAUCCUAGAUAGAUGCCUUCUGUUGAAUCGAAUAGCUCCGUGUGGAGUAGGGAGCAGGAUAAGCAGUUCGAGAAGGCGAUAGCUGCUUACCCUGAGAAUACUUCGGAUAGAUGGGAGAAAAUUGCGGCUGAUGUUUCUGGGAAAUCAGUGGAGGAGAUUAAGCAUCACUAUGAAGUCUUGGUUGAUGAUGUUAGCCGCAUAGAAUCCGGUUUCGUUGAGGUUCCUAGCUACAAUCCCUCUUCGGAUGGCUCAUCCACCCUUGCUGGUGAUGAUGGGGCUGCUAAGAAAGGGGGCGGUUUCGGCCAUUUGAGUAGUGAUGCCAAGUCGUCCCGCGCAGAUCAGGAGCGCCGGAAGGGGAUUGCUUGGACAGAGGAAGAACAUAGAUUGUUUCUCCUUGGUUUGGACAAAUACGGAAAAGGCGACUGGAGGAGCAUUUCUCGUAACUUCGUGGUGACGAGGACGCCAACGCAGGUGGCCAGCCACGCGCAGAAGUACUUCAUCCGUCUCAAUUCCAUGAACAAGGACCGGAGGCGUUCCAGCAUCCACGACAUCACCAGCGUUGCCAACGGGGACGUCUCCACCCCCCAAGGCCCGAUCACCGGCCAGACCAACGGGGCCGUGUAUGGCGCUCCAGCAGUCGGGACGCCGGUGAGCCUUCCUCCGCCACCACACAUGGCCUAUGGCAUGGGGACGCCUGUCCCGAUGGUGCCUGGCGCCCCGAUGGCGUACCGGGCCUCGGUUCACAGGUGAUGGCUCUCAUCAACCACAUGGUGAUGAAAUCAUAUGGAAUGAUUAUUGAUUUAUUUGCAGUUGUGAAAUUAUUUUUUGUGUAUUUUUGCUUUAUAAAUGUUGUUUUAGAGCACCAUUUUCAUAUUUUUAUUUAUUUUCUUAUUGAUUUGGAAUAGUUGAUUGGGAGAAAGAAUAUUGUAUAGGUGAGAUUAGGAUUGGAAAAUAUUAAUAUGACUAUAUUGAGACUUUAGAAAGAGACUUAUUUCUCAAUGGUGGAAAUUGUAAAUUCAUCUUCAUCUUCUCUCUAAAA